AUGCUGAGCCAGCAGCCAUAUCUUCCACAUCAGCUGCACCAACCGCCAUUUCAGGCACAAACGCCGCAUCCGCUGAUGUUAAAUGAAGCUGUUUCUUCACAAGGAAGUCCUCAAACCACGCCGCAACUCACGAUGAAUCUGAACCAAGCUAUGGUCGAGGAGGCUCCGUGUCAUGCAUGGUCUCUCCCUCUGUCUCGGAUCAUUCGUUGUCCGCAGAACAUCAGCGCGCUUCAAUCGCUCAUCCCGUUGAUGGCGCAGCAGCAGCAGCAGCAGCCAAUCGACAGCGCUCACGCGGAGCAGCUAAAGCAGCAGCACGCUGCCGCGUCGGCCGGAGUCGCGUCCAUCAUUUCCCAGCUCGCGCUCGCCGCGGCCAACAUCCUCCCCCAAAUGGGCCUUCCUGCGCCCAUUAAUGUCACCCCCGCUACUAUUCCACCCGCUACUGUCACAUCUGGUGCUUUCCAGUCCGGGAGUGAGGUUCCACAGGGAACUCCUGCGGGCUUUGACUUCCAGAAUCUUGGUUUCCAGAUGUUGGAAUCGCAAUCGCGGAAUGUGCGGAACGAUGAUACGGCUACGGCUCAGGUGCAGCUGAGUCUUGUUUCCUUGACCCCUGCUGCUGCCGAGUCUGUCAAGCUGCAACAAAAUCAGCUCAAGAGCGUUAUAUCGCAAAAGGAGCAACAACAGCACCUUUGUCCACCAGCGGCAGCAGCAGCAACAGCAGCAGCACAUUCAGCAGCAGCAGCAGCAGAUGUCCGUCUUUCCAGGCGAGGAUACGUUGCCACUCGCAAUCGCAUGGACCCUGUGGAGCUGCUGGCGGAGCACACCCACUUCUGCGAGAUUUGCGGCAAAGGAUUCAAGAGAGACGCCAACCUCCGCAUGCACAUGAGAGGCCAUGGCGACGAGUACAAGACGCCAGAGGCCCUCGCAAACCCCGACAAAACCACGCUUUCUCGGACAAACCCCACUGUUGCUGCCGAGAAAAAGCCGCUUCGAUACAGCUGCCCGUUUGUCGGGUGCAAGCGCAACCAGCAGCACCGGGCGUUCGUGCCGCUGAAGACGAUGCUGUGUGUGAAGAACCACUACCGGCGCACCCACUGCCCCAAGAUGCUCUCCUGCUCCAAGUGCGGUGCAAAGCGGUUCUCGGUGGUGGCGGACCUCAAGACCCACGAGAAGCACUGCGGGCGCGACCGCUGGCUGUGCUCCUGCGGCACGUCCUUCAGCCGCAAGGACAAGCUGCUCGGCCACCUCGCCCUCUUCAAGGGCCACCGCCCCGCCAACCCCUCCUUCACCGCUGUUGACGACGGCCCUGCAGGCGCCAUCGCUGAUGGUACUACAGGAGGUGAAGCUCCCGCGAUCGCUGGUCACCUCCCCGGCAAACCCACCCUUGCUGCUGUGGAUGACGGCCCUGCGCCGGCAGUGGCUCCCAUGCUUUUCGGAUCUUCCUUCCAGCAACCUGAGCUACAACCUGGGAACCAGCCUGAGCAACGGCCACUGUCAGAACUUGUCACGGCAGAUCUCCUGGGCUCAGCCGAAAAGGCUGCACGGCUGGUCCUUUGA